AUGUCUUCUUCGUUAUUUCGACCGUGGAUUGAAGAAUACAAAAUUAAAAAAUGUGAUGAUAAUGAUGAUGAGGAUGAUGUUAAAUACGAAAAAUCGAAUAAAGAUGAUGUUGUGAUGAUGACCUUUGACACGUCGACGACAGAUCGCGAAAUAAAAUAUAAAAAUGUUAAAGAACAUAUUAAAAAAAGAAGUGAAAAAUAUAAUAUUCAAAAAAAAUUAAAAUUAAAAUUAAAAUUAAAUACCGAUGAGAAAAAUUUUAAGGAACCGGAAAUGAAUAAUAAAUUAAAUUCCGAUUUGAUUUCCGGUCCGCAACAAUCGGGAAUGUAUCAGAAUUUCGAUGGAUUUUCUAAUUGUUUAGAUUAUAACAUUUAUAAUAAUAAUAAUAAUAAUUAUUACGGUGGCGGCGGACAUUAUUAUCAAUAUCAUCCGGAAUUUAUUGAAUCGAAUUUGAUUUUCCACGAUUUUCCGCCAAAUUUAUUUGAAGAAUAUGCGAAAUUUUUAACGGAACAACAAAAACAAACGGCGGAAAAAACGAGAAAACAAAGGCCGAAAAAAUUUAGGUGCCCACAUUGUCAAGUUGGAUUUAGUAAUAAUGGACAACUUAAAGGACAUAUAAGAAUUCACACGGGUGAACGACCUUUUAAAUGUGAUGUAGAAUCCUGUGGGAAAAGUUUUACAAGAAAUGAAGAACUCACAAGGCACAGGCGUAUACAUUCAGGUCUUCGUCCUUUUCCAUGUUCCGAAUGUGGAAAAAGAUUUGGAAGGAAGGAUCAUUUGAAAAAACACAUCAAAACGCAUUUUCAACAAAAAUAUCAAUUAGUUCCAAUAUUACCUAGUCCAUGUCCGCCAUAUCUCUACGGAUUGUGA